UGUCACGCUGCCCCUCCCGCCCUCCACUCGGGGUGGGGGCGUGGAGCGCGGGAGGGCGGGCUUCUCCGCCCGCCUCGCUGCACCCGGAGCGCGCUGGCCUCCUGAACCGGGCGCGGAGCGCGCAGCCCAGAGCCGGCAGCCGGCUAUUGCCUGCCCUCGUGUCCUGGGCGGCUGUCGGGUUCCUGGAGAGCGCGUCCAGCCAUGGAGCCUUUGCACAAAGACGCCGAGACGGCGGCGGCGGCGGCGGCUGUGGCAGCGGCUGAUCCCCGGGGGGCGUCGUCGUCCAGCGGGGUGGUCGUGCAGGUUCGCGAGAAGAAGGGCCCCUUGCGCGCCGCCAUCCCCUACAUGCCCUUCCCGGUGGCUGUCAUCUGUCUCUUCCUCAACACUUUCGUGCCGGGCUUGGGUACCUUCGUCUCGGCCUUCACUGUGCUGUGUGGGGCCCGCACUGACCUCCCAGACAGGCACGUGUGCUGCGUCUUCUGGCUGAAUAUCGCUGCGGCCCUAAUUCAGGUGCUCACGGCCAUCGUUAUGGUGGGCUGGAUCAUGAGCAUCUUCUGGGGCAUGGACAUGGUCAUCCUUGCCAUCUCCCAAGGGUACAAGGAUCAGGGUAUCCCACAGCAGCUGUGAGUCUGCAGAACCUGCCAGGGAAGUCCAGGGUCCUGUGAGGGCUGCACCAGGUGACUCCGGGCACAAGGACCUUCACAUGUUCUCUUCUGUCGCCUCUCAGAUUGGGGUAGAAAGGGAGUAUUUAAAAACAUACUAUUUAUUUUGAAAAACACACCUGCUUUUCUCAGCAGGCUCUGAGGCCAACUUCUCCCUCUGCUCCAGAGGGCACAGGAAGAACAGGGCCAGAACUUCAAGACUGGGCGAGAGGCAGGAAAUUGACCAAGCACCAGAGAUGCUGGGCAUGCCUAUCCAACUGCCCACUCAACAGACACCCAGGCCUGUCAGGAUGGGCUGCUGUAGACCCUGUGCAGGUGAUCAGACAUUCUUCCAGGCAUUAGGACUUCAUGGGGCGCUUCCCCUGGGCCCUCACGCCCUCGCUCAGCCAUGUGGUUCCCUGUAUCUACUCUGUGUUCUCCUGGGGGUGGAGGGUUCAGGGUAGCCAGGUGGAAGCCCAGUGUAGAAGGGUCCCUGGGUCUCUGCAGGUGUCUGAUGACACCCCAGCCUUUCAGCCGCCGGGUGUGCGUGUAUGACCUUUGCUUCCCAGAGGCAAGGGCGGCACCAGCUCCCCUCUGGGAUGAUAUUGCUGGAAUUCCAGAUGUUUAUAUGCAAAACGACCAGACUGAGUCAUGAGUGGCUGUGGACCAACAGCCUUCUUGGAUGUAUUUACUACGGUUUCUGGUCCCCUCUCCUUCCAACAUCCAUGUGUUUCCGAAUCCAGAUGGUUUGGUUUGAGGAAGUUGACGGCAUCCAUUCAUUGCUAUUUCCUAAUCCCUCCCCCACCCCCCAGCUGAGUCUGGGCUUCCCACCCACUGCCAAGCAUGCAGCUCUCUCUAGAGAGUCCCGUGAACAGUCAGAUAGCUUGGGACCCAUGAAAUGUAAAUAGCCUUGCCUGUUCAGGUCUCCCAAGCAAGGCCUAGGGGACACUGGAGACUCGUCUGCAUUUGAAGUGGGAGAAGAGCAACAUCAUGAGGUUGAGGACUUCCACCUGGAAUUCAUACAUGCUGCCAGAGGAUGCGUUGUGAGGCUGAAGUGGCUGGCAUGACGUGUGGACCUUGGUGCCCCUUUAAGCGGCAAACCUGGGAGUGAUGUACCAGCACAGAGCUAGAUCAUUAGUAGGGGGAGAAAACAACAGAAACUUUGCAGGCACCAGUCUGAUGAAGAGAAAGGCGAUCCAAAAUUACAGUGAUGGUGUGGCUAUUUACAUCUCCCUUCAUCCUCGUUCUCACGUAGGAAGCGCUAACAAGUGGGACAGGCCCAGAGCUCAGUUCCCAGCCGCACUGGCCACGAGCCAUCAGUGGGUCCCUCUUGGAGAAUCUUCCCUUAUCUAACAGAGGCUCUGUCACAGCAUGGCCAGGCCUAAAGAAAGGAGCUGUCCACUCACUGCCUUGGUGGAUGGAGGCUCUUGGGAAGCAGCUCCCAUUGCCCUGGGGUUCCAGCCCCCUACCAGGCUCCUCAAUAGCAGUCUUUGGGAGCAGGCCCCCAAACUGGACAGCCCCUGACGUCAUCAUGAAGAGCUGUAGUCCUCUGACGGCUCCCUCCUGGACUAGUUUGCCUGUCCUACCCUGUGUCUACCCAUUAGUUUCUUCCAGAGCCGUGUGGGACCAAGGUGCACCCUCAAACACCUGCCAGGGUCCUGUAUCUUCUUCCUGUGUUCCCUUCUGUUGCUUCUGUGUGUCUACAGCCCCUGUGUUGGGCUACCACUCUGGCAGAUCACUGCUCUCAAGGAAGCUCCAUCAGGCACCAAAGCUGUACCAGACAGCCAGGGCACAGAGAAACGAUGGGUCAAUGUGCUCUCCUCUACUGCCAGGGCCCCUUACUCCACCUAGCCGGUGAUGACCGGCCUUGGCAAGGGCAGCCCCCAGAGUGAGGGAGAAGUCUAUGUGCCUGGUUUGGAGUGGGGGUGGCUACUCGGGGAGUUAAAAGGAGAUAGCAAUUUGCCUUGCUUGUUUCAUGACGUGAGCCACACUUAGUGGGACUUUUCUGAGUGACAAGCGUCACCAUGAGUUCCAGUGUGGGAUGACUUAAUACAGGGGUUUGUGAGCUUGGGAAGUUGCCUCCUUCUUGGCACCCCUCCCACUCCAGGAGGCCGAUGUGGGUGGACUUAGGAGCCCCCCAGAAUAGUGUGUCUGAGGGUUGCUGUUAGCUACAAACAGCAGCCUCUGGGUGAGGCACAGCUUUAGUAUAAUUCUCAGAUGAUGGACAGUGGCUAAAUUACUCCACAUCGUCCAACCUGGCCAUUGGAUCUAGGUGACCAGAGUUCGUUUACUAAACACCAGCUAUCUAGAAAGCAGGACCAUCAAGCCAGAAAGUGCUUCAUGGCUACAGGGCCCUUUCGGAACAAGGCUGCCUGGAUGGCGUUGCUCAGGGCUGCUGUCCCAACCUUGGGAAAGAAUUCAGAAGAAUAUUCCCUGGCUAUGAGUGCCAGGGGCAGAGAUCAGAGGCACACAGAGAGCAUCCUGGUGAAUGAAACACUGCCAGGAACUGAUGCGACAUCAUGGUCAGAGUGGCCAUUUUUCCACCACAGUGGGACCCCGGAGCAACAGUGAGGCACUGCGUAGCCUGAGCGCCCUGGUUUCAUUUUUGUCGCCAUGAUAAAAUAUGCUGACGAAAAAGCAGCAUGCGAGAGGAAGGGGGCUUUUGUUUUGGUUUCCGUUUUUUGCUUCUAAUCCAGGUGAUGUACCGUCUGUCAUAGCAGAGGAGUCGUGAUGCCGGAACUCGAAGCCGCGUGUUGUGCAUCCGCAGUCAAGAGCAGAGGGGAGUGAAUGCAUCCGUGUGUUUGCUCUUUUGCACCUCAGCUAGUUUUAUGUACACUUACAAAGUCCAGGACCGUGAAAUGGUGCCACCCACAAUCAGGGUGGACCGCUAGCUUCAAUGAACAAUUGUUCAAUGAACAAUUAAGAUAAUCCUCCACAGACAUGCCCACCGGUCAAUCUGAUCUAAAUAAUUCCUCAUUAAGACAUUCCCCAUGUGGUUCUAGGUUUUGUUAAGCUAACACUAAGCAGCAGUAUGUAGUGUAUUGUGGAGACCACUGGGGACCCCAGACCAUGACCAGGGGUCCUGUGGAUUGUGGACUGUGGCCACUAUGGUACCACCCACUCCCAGCCUCAGACUGAUUCAGCUGCUGCCCUGGUUCAAGUCUCCAGCUGCCCUGGAGAGAUGAGAAGGAAGUGACAAAGACAUGAUCUGCUCCCUGCCUCCAGGCCCCAGACCCACCCCAGAACACAGCCCCCCAGAAGGCCCGGCCCGGGUGUUGCCCAGAGCAGUUCAUCUCUUGGGUUCUGUGAACAGCCUGUGGAGAGGGGGUUAGUUAAGCUUUCCCAUGGAGAGUGGAGGCAUCUCCCCCAGACACACACCCCUCAGGAGUCACAAGGAGGGAUAGUGAACCUCUUCAGAUGGAUGGGGCAGUGCCCCCCCCCCUGCCUUCCUGGAUCCUUGACCUUAUCUGCCCUCAAAGCCAUGCCCCCUGGCUUCUACGGGCCCCUGAUGGAGGGUGGGAGCAGAUGGCAGCUAGAGACAGUUGGUGCUGAGAGCUGCCUGGCUCAUGGGAUCCAGUUCCUGCACCCCCUCACAGGACCAGUGUUGCACUGAUGCAUAGAAUCGUGGGGUGUAGGAUGCUGGGGCCUGGGGAGCAGAGAGGUGAGCUCAGCUGAAGGAGACCCGGAAAAUGAGCCACAUGGCUAGCAUGUCCCCUAGACAGAAAAGGAUCAAGAUGUGCAAAAGAAAAGCCAUCUAUACAUCUCAAACGCUGGGUCUAAGGCCAACGUACAGUGGCUGAAACCACAAGACAACUCCCCCACCCCCGCAAAGGUCUAAGGUUUCUGAAGGGGGAAAGUGAAGCUGAAUGGCUAGUCCUUUUUCCUUAAGAAGCAAAUCACAGCUGUCUUUCUCUUUAGCUGGUCUCUUCCCAGCUGGCAGGGUGGCCACCUUAACACAUGCCUCCAGCUUACAUGAGGUGGGAGUGGGCCAUCUAGUCCCUAGUGAUGUGCGUCCUUCUUAAAGACCCGCAUGAAAAAAGCUGGGGCCAUGUACAGUAUGCUGGGGAUGCAGAAAUGUAGUGCUCUGUUAGUGGUAACGGCAGGUCUUUCUCACACCCUCUGGAUCAUGUUCUAGCUCCACUGUAGGGAUCCAAGGGGAGCUUUGGGAAACCCCCAGCCUCCCUAGUCAUGGCUUCCUAGAGGCUGGCCUCCUUUGUGGUUUGGGAGGCUUUGGGCUUAGAGAACACUCCGUAGACACUGCCAUCACUUACUCCGGGCAGAAGUGUGCCCAAUGCAGACCAAGGUUUCCCCCUAGUGGAGGCAGGAAGCCAGGACACCAUCUGUGGGCCAGGGGUGGGGUCCACGGGCCCAGCUGUGUGGUUCUGCAGUUAGCAAAUGUUCCUUCAGUACUAAAAAUGCUCAGGUCCUGAGCUCAGAUGAAAGAUGCCCUUCACUCCACAUCCCUGCAGUACCCAGCUUCCACCAGUGACAGCAAGGCCGGGGAGACCCUUUCUUCAAGGACCAGCUGCUCUGUAUCCUUCCAGAGAGUUCUGUGCCCAGGUUGUCGGGGACAUGGAGGUCAUCUUGGGUAUUGCCAGGGACAUAGUGUUGUGAAGAGGUCAGCUGAGUGGCGAGGGAGAGGUUCAAAGCCCACAGUCUUCCUCCUCUUCCUGUCGGCUUUCAAAAGCCUCUGGAUGUUACUGGCUUCACAGAGGCAGAGUAUGAUUCCACUCAGAGCAUGACCCAGCCUCAAUCCCAUGAUGCACUAUGACAGAGUGAAUCCCAACCAUGGUGGUCCCAAGUACCCUUCAUGUCCCGGGGUGACUAUGGUCUAGCAUCACCCAUGUCCCUCUAUCUGCCUUGUUCUCUACAGUAUAGGAACUAAGCCAGCCCUUCAUUUCCCCAAUCCUGCCAAAGUCAAGGGUUUAGAGAACCCAGGCCCACCCAGGCAGGGGAGGCAUGUUGACCUUACUACUCACAAAGGCUGGCAGCCCAGAGCCGGAAGGGCCCAGAUUCUUCUUGGCAAAACAAAUACUAGUCCAACAUGCCACAACCCUCCACCCUGCAGGGCAAGUGACCUUUUUCCCAGGGAAACACAGAGAAGUACCUCUUUGCCCCAGAUAGGCCACCAAAGGUCUGACUAAAGAAAGGAUCACACCAAAGUUAAUUCUGGGACCCAGUGAGUUUAUGGGUUACUUACAGGAACAUGGGUGACUCUUGGUAAGCUACGUCACAGAAAAGCCCCACCCCAGCAUGGGUGACCACUCAGGAGCGCUGUAUCAUUGCUAUCAUCAGCCACCUCGCCCCCAACUCCGUCCCCUACGCACACCGGGGUUCCUCUCCCUUCUGGGCUCGGUAUCCCCAGGGCGCCACAUUCAGAGGGUGAUGAUGGCGUUUGUGACAAACUGCUGCAGGCUUUUGUGGAGCUGCGGCUGGCCUUCUCACAGGCUCAGCUGGAUACCGUACACAGGCUGCUCUUUUGGUUUCAACAGCACGUAAAAGGAAGACCCUGGCUCUGUCGCUGAAUUAUGGCAAGUGCUGUGUUGUGAAUUCUUGGUUUGGUGUUGCCUUCGUUUGGGACUCUUCUCUCUGUUAAAUUAACUGCUGUACAUCUUUCGUGUUCUCUGACGAUAUCCACGGCUUUCUUCUCUCACUCCUACUCACAGAGAGUCCACAUGCCCCACUCUGUCCAGGGCGGGCAUUACCAGCCCAUUCCAAAGAUUGGAGACUACUUGGAAUGUCUCAGCUCCAGGGAAGAGUCUAGACUUGCCUGGCUGAAACUGGGGCCCAGGUCUGACUUUGGCUAAAUUUUCCCAGUGUUCUCAGGCUUGACCCCGCCCCCAACCCCCAGUCUCGGUCUGGGACCCGCAGGGUCCCACAAGGGCUGAGCAGAGCUCCUGCUUCUCCAGCCUUCCACCAGCUUUGAACCCCUUCCGUCCAGAAUGCUACUGCCCAUGUGAUGGAGAACCACCCACAACAACAAAGCCAAUGUACAUAUCUCCAUAUACAUAUGUGUACAUACACAUGCGAUCCUGUUAUAAAUAUACAAAGCAUGGCAUUUCUUUGGCAUUCUAA